AUGUCUCAUAAUGGCUUUCAACGUGAAAGUAUACCUUCGGGCAAAACUUGGACUGAAGAAACGCUUGUUGGUACAAAUGGUUUUCGAAUGAGGAUCGCUUACAGGAUAACAUGUGCUAAUGAUUAUUAUGGACCACGAUGUCUUACAUUUUGUCAGCCGAUGUCUAGUACUGUUGGUCAUUUCCAGUGUACAUCGAAUGGGUCAUUAGCGUGUUCACCUGGCUGGGAAGGAUCAAGCUGUGACAUUGCACGUUGCGAUAAUUGCAUCAAUGGUGCUUGCGAUCGACCUGAUUCAUGUCGCUGUAAAACUGGAUGGACAGGACCAAAUUGCGAUCAAUGUGUGCGAUAUCCGGGUUGCAAGCAUGGCACCUGCAAAACGCCCAAUCAGUGUAUUUGCGAUGAAGGCUGGGGAGGACAUUUUUGCAACGAAGAUUUGAAUUACUGCACACGACAUCAUCCGUGCAGAAAUAAUGCGACAUGUAGAAAUACAGGUCAUGGACAGUAUACAUGCGAAUGUCCAGAUGGAUAUACAGGAACGGACUGUGAAAUACGUGUACAGAACUGCUCAUUACAGCCAUGCUUAAAUGGGGCUACUUGUUCUGAUAUGCCUGGGAACACCUAUAUUUGUACCUGUCCAAAGGGCUUUACCGGUCGUUACUGUCAAGUUGCUGCUACCUCGUGUUCAGAUUCACCCUGUCAAAAUGGUGCUACUUGUGCGGAAAUUGGUGGAGUCUUCCGGUGUACUUGUUUGCAAGGAUGGACUGGUACUACCUGCGAUAUCGAGAUCAACCCUUGUGAUAAAGUCCAUUGUUUUAAUGGAGGGAAAUGUGUUAAAAAAAACGUUGCCGGAGACUACGACUGUCUUUGUCCACUUGGUUUCACCGGAAGACACUGUGAGGAAAACUCCAAUGAGUGUGCACAGUUCAAUCCAUGCAUGAAUGGCGGCCGUUGCAUCGAUGAAGUGAAUAAUUACAAAUGCCAAUGUCCAGAUGGAUAUAGCGGUACAUUAUGUCAAGAUUCUGUCAGUGCUUGUUUAAAUGAGCCCUGUAUGAACGGUGGCCAAUGUAUUGACGUAGAAGGUGGAGGAUACUAUUGUAAAUGUCGCAUCGGAUUUAGGGGAAGCAAUUGUAAAAUUGCUGAAAUAGGAUGUCAUCGCAGUUCGUGCAGCAACGGAGGUACCUGCGUCGACUCAUUUAAAGGCUUUCGUUGCCUAUGUCCACCGUGUUUCUAUGGCGAAAGUUGUUUACAUCUUCAAUCAGAAUGUCAACCACUUCAACACUAUAAUCGUACCAGAACUUUUGUCGUAAAAAUCGAAAACGAACAACAGAAUGACCGAAAUUCAAGAAUACUUUCGAAAUAUUCCGAACAAAAGCCAUGUUUAUCCAUAUGCACAAACUUAGAUGCCGAAAUCAAUUAUUUUGAACGAGACGUGACAAACAAAAUUCAGACAAUAUCUGGUAAAAAAAAGUUAGCAGCUCAUCCAGGUUGUGAACAUCUCGAUUAUAAUGAACGCUAUGCGAUCGAACCUACUGUCAACAUGAUGCUACCAUCAUUAAAAAAUGUGGGAUGCUGUAAUAAGGUGGAUAUACGUCAUUCAAAACGUUUCGAACAUUCACCUUUACCACAGUUAUGUGAAGACGGUGGUAGUUACUAUGAAGAAAUUGAUGGUGAAUUAUCAAUACCGGAAGUGAUAUCGCAACAAACAAAUAACGAGUCACAAUCAAAUAUCGUCAACCGUCGGGUAACUCCGGAUAAUAAUUCCAGACAUAUGCAAGAUAUCAUUCAUAAGGUAACCGAUAUACAAACUAAUUUAUAA